AUGCUAUCAGCCUUCGAGCCGGAUAAAAGUGGUCAGAAUAAAAUAUUGGCAAUGCAUCCGCAGGUGUCAAGUGUACCGGGUAGAAUAUUUAGUGGAAAUUUAUACGAUUUUCUUAGCUUCAAAACUAAUUUCGGUUAUCAUUUAAAGAAAAUCUACGAUGAUCCGCAAUUUGCGGAUAAACCUGUGGUGGGCAUCUAUGACCUCUAUAGACCUGCAUUGCUGAUAAAAGACCCGGAACUUAUCAAACAAAUUUUGAUAAAAGAUUUCGAUUGUUUUUGUUAUCGUUUUCAUGAUAUCGAUAUAAAUUAUGACCGCAUCGGAGGUCAAAUGAUGUUCUACACCUGCUAUCGAGUAUGGAGGGAAAUGCGACAAAAACUUAGUCCCGUUUUUACAAGUGCCAAAUUGAAAUAUAUGUAUCCGCUGAUACAAAAUGUGGCAAAGAAUAUCGAAGCGUAUUUUGAUAGUGAAUCCGAGGUUCAUCCAGUGGAAUUGAAAUAUUUCUGUGCCCGUUAUACCAGCGAUAUUGUGGCCACCACCCUGUUGGGAUUCCAAUCGAAUUCCCUGCAAAAUCCCAACGAAGAAUUGUGGAAAGAAAUUGCUCUAUUGGCCCAUUUUAAUUUGAAGAGAGCCAUCGACUAUAUGGUUAUCCUGUUCGCUCCAAAACUUGCUCGGCUCUUCCGUUCCAAAUUGCUAUAUGAAAAAUCUGAAGAGUUUAUUAAGGCCUCCAUAAAUCAUGCCGUAAAGGAAAGGUUACUUCGAGGAGAGCAGCGCAACGAUUUAAUUGAUAUGUUUGUUAAAUUGCGAGACGAAGCUUCGCAUAAUGGUAGGGAUGUUGAAAAAUAUAUGCAGACCCUGAUAGCCCAGGCUGCCAUAUUCAUUGCUGCUGGUGCCGAGACUUCAUCAACCACGAUGUCCAAUGCUCUCUUUGAAUUGGCAAAGCAGCCAGAUGUGCAACAAAGACUUAAGUCUGAAAUAAAGCAGGCCUUUGACCAAGAGGAAAGUUCUGUCCUAUCCUAUGAAAUCCUCAACAAUAUGAAAUAUCUUGAAAUGGUGAUAAAUGAAACUCUGCGUCUAUAUCCUGUUUUACCAAUUCUGGAGAGAUUAUACAAAAGACCAGCUGGAAAAUCGACCCACUAUUCGCUGAGGCCAUAUUGUGAUUUCGAUAUACCCAAUGAUAUGUCGAUAUAUAUUUCCCUUUUUGGUUUGCAUUAUGAUCCGAAGUACUGGCCCAAUCCCACAAAAUUUGAUCCCGAUCGUUUUUCACAUGAGAACAAAUUGCAUAUAAAUCCCAUGACCUACUUACCCUUUGGCUCGGGACCCCAUAACUGCAUUGGCAGUCGUUUGGCAAUGCUUCAAAUGAAAUGUGGCCUGGUACAUUUUCUGCGACGACAUCAUGUCCGAGUGAGCAAAGAUACGGUGCUGAAUCCAGAAUUUGACACCAAAUCGAUAUUAUUGGAGGUUAAGGGUGGCAUUCAUCUGGAAGUU